AUGCCCAAUAAAUAUGUGAGGAAAACUGAUAGAGGCGUGUCCAGUGCCGAAAUAUAUGAACUAGCCUUUGAAGAGGUGACGUUUAGGGGACAAAGCCUCAGGAGUGCUGCAUCUGCUUACAAUAUAAACUAUAUGUCUUUACAGAGAUAUAUUAAAAAGAAAAAAGCAUACCAGGCCAACUUGACAGACAAGCCUCCAUCGGUCGGGUAUGUCAGUCAGACAGUUUUUUUGAAAGACGAAGAAAACGUACUAUGCGAAUAUUUGUUGACUUGUGCAGCAUCUAAUUACGGAUUAACAACAAAAGAGACAAGAAGAUUAGCCUAUAUGUUAGCAAAAAAGCAUGAUAAGAAAUUUCCGACAUCGUGGGAGGAAAAUAAAAUGGCAGGAACGUGGCCUGUUAAUACAAAUAUUUUUGGAGAUGUCGACUUCCUACCUAGUCAAGUUACUGAUCGUAUUCCAACCAGUCCAGAGCCAAACCAACGUUUUAGUAUGACAAAAGAAUCAGAAAAUCAAGAAAUACCUGCAGCUCCAGAUACAUCUGAGAAUAUAGGUGAGAGAGGUGGAGAAUAUUCGAAAGCCCCUUCUAAUAAAAUUCUUCCUGAUAAUGAAGACGCUGCAAUCAAUUCGACAAAAACACCUGCCGGCAGUUCGUUCAUUUGCAGCAAAAAUGACAACGAGCCUGCAAAGACUGAACAUAUCGCCUCCACAUCUACAGCUCGUAGCCCGCUCGUCACUGUAUCCAAUGAAUUCUCACCGGAAGCUCUUAGACCUUUGCCAAAAGCUCCUCCAAGAAAAGGACACCAACGGAAUAGACGUAAAAUCAGAUCUGCUGUGCUUACUGACACACCUAUUAAGGACGAAAUUGCUGCUAUAGAAGCAAGCAGGAAAAAUGUUAAAAGACAUUCAAAAUUAGCUAUUUCCGAAGCAUUUGGUCCACGAAAAUCAUCAGAAAAAGCUCAGAUCAGCUCUUCUUUUCAAGAUAGAGAACCUACUUGGUAG